AUGCUUUCAGAGAUAAAAGUGGUGCUGCCAAAUGGCCCCAGCAACUCUCCUACGAAGUUGUGUGAAAAUUACCAUUAUCCAUACCAUAAGCAAACAUUGGAGACCUUCCUCAUGGUAAUAAAUUUAACUUGCGAAUACUUUAUUGACUUUGCAAAAUUACAGAGCCUUACAAAAGAUGGCAGUGCGCUACUAGCAAAGGCUUCCAUGUUCCAUGAGCUGAAUAUCUCGUCUGGAAAAAAGCGAUAUUACCGUACUGCUACCGUUCAG